ACCCUCUAUUUUCCCCCAGAGCCUAGUGAAUGACCCUCUCCCAGGUCUUAAGGGCCUUACUGGGAGAACUGGAAAAUCCAGUUGCCCAGAUCCCCACUCCCAUUUCCCCCAGAAGCCUGUGCUAAGGGCCGAGUGGAGUGUCUAAAGGAAGCCUAGACGGAGAAGCCACAGGAACUUUGGUAUCUUCCAUCUCAGAAGUGAGGUGGCCACAAUGCGGUCCAGGCUGUGUCUCAUCCUUCUCCUGACACUCCUCUGCAGCUCAUGUGGAACAGGGCCAAGUAUGACUUUGCAACUGAAGCUACAGAAGUCUUUUCUGGCAAAUUUUUCUGAUGAUUCCAGUUUCCUGGAAUUGUUCAAAAAGCUCUGCCUCCUCCUCCAUCUGCCUUCAGGGACCAACAUCACCCUCCACCAUGCAGGAUCCCCACACCACAGCAUCUGCUAUGCCUGAGCCAUUGAAGCUUGUCUCUCCUGGCGGGAGCAUUUGGCCCCUGGGGAGCAGUGGGCAUGCCUUGACCCUGUCUUCCAUGCCCUGAGGCCCUCACCCUGCAACAAUAAAUACCAUAUGCUGAAUUCAAG